AUGUGGAACUAUUUCUUUGGAGGAGGUCAGCAGAAGAAGGAGCUGCCCAAGAAGGCUAUAGUGAAGCUGAGGGAGCACAUAGCGACACUCAAUAAGAAGCAGGGGUACUUGGAAAAGCAAAUAGAACAACAAGAACAGAUUGCAAGAAAGAAUGUGACCAAAAACAGAACGAUGGCAAAGCAGGCACUCCGCAGAAAGAAGAAGCUAGAAAGCGACCUGGAGCGAAUCGAGAACCAGAUCGAGUCGUUGGAGACUCAGCUUAGUGCAAUAGAGUCGGCAAACCUCAACUUGGAGACUAUGAAGGCUAUGAAGCAAGGAGCAAAGGCUAUCAAGCAGAUUCACAGCGACUUCAACGUUGACAAGGUGGAUGAGACGAUGGACGAUAUCCGGGACCAGGUGGAGGCAAGCGAGGAGAUAUCGGAUGCCAUUAGCAGGCCUCUUGGUGCUGAUAAUAUUGAUGAAGAUGAAUUAGAGGAUGAAUUGGCACAGAUGCAGCAAGAUGAAGUUGAUGAGAGCAUGACUAACACUAAGGCCAAGGUUGAGAAGGAGAAGCCGGGCAUAAGCCAGGCGAAACUUCCGAGUGUUCCUACCGGCAAACUGGGGGAGAAGAAAGCUGCUGAGGAGGAUGAGGAUGAAGCUGCUUUGAAGCAGUUGCAGGCUGAGAUGGGCAUGUGA